AUGGAAUCUGAGGGAGUGUCACUACCGUUGAUACACGAGCAUCUUAUGAUGCCUUACAAUGAUACGUGGAAAGGUGAAUGCUGUGGACGCUCAGGAUUUACAACUGGUGGCUAUUACUGCCUAAGCUGUAACUUCUAUGUUCACAAGAAAUGUGUUGACGACUCCUCUGAAUAUAUUGAACACCCAUCUCACGCUGCUCACACUCUUAAGCUUCAAAGUAAACCAAACCAUUCAUGUGAUUUAUGUCGCCAGCGUAUCAAGCAUCUAUGCUAUCGUUGUGAGAUCUGUGACUUCGACUUGGACCUAUUAUGUGCAAAGUACCCACCACCAGAGGUUAUUGAUGCGUUGGAGACACAUCACCACAAGCUCACCCUUCUCAAGGUCAAGGAGCUGAACGAGUCAUAUUGCAACGCAAAAUGUGGUAUGACUGUUUCUUAUAAGUUUCAUUACAAAUGCAUUGAAUGUGAUCUAGCAUAUCAUGUGGAUUGCGUAUGGAAUCCGCCUGACGUAAAACACCCGUCAAAGGUAUACCACACGUACCACCCUUUGCAUCCUCUUAAGCUCCACAGAGGUCAACCACCUGAAUAUUCUGAUGGAAAAUGUCGUCUUUGUGAAAGCGAGUUCGGUAAUGGAUUGUUUUAUCAUUGUUCUGCUUGUAACUUCAGCUUGGAUAUGGGUUGUGUUUCAAACCCACCACAAAACUCUGUUCUGAAUUUGAAAGCUCAUCCUCACCAACUCAUCUUUCGACCAAGACUUGAUGUUUUUACAUGUAAUGCUUGCGGAUUGAGUGGGGAUCGAAGCCCUUAUAUAUGUAGUCAAUGUGACUUCAUGAUACAUAAAUGGUGUCUUUCCCUUCCACGCGUCAUAAACAUCAAUCGGCAUGAUCACCGUGUUUCUCACACUUCUGUUCUUGGUGUUGUGAAUUCUGUUUGUGGAGUUUGUCGUCAGAAGGUAGAUUGGAUUUGGGGCGGGUAUUCUUGUCAGAGGUGUCCUCAAUAUGUUGUUCAUUCGAAUUGUGCUAUUCGGUAUGACGUGUGGAACGAGAUUGAACUCGAAGGAGUACCUGAAGAGAUAGAAGAUAUAGAGCCAUAUGUGGUAAUAGAUGACAACACUAUCCAACAUUUCAGCCACAAAGAGCAUUACCUAAGACUCCACGUUAAUGGUCUUAUUUGGGAAGAAAACAAGUGGUGCAGCGCUUGCACCCAUCCCAUUUGUUUGCAAUCCUUCUAUGGCUGUAUGGAUUGUGAUUUCAUUCUUCACCAAAACUGUGCUGAAUCUCCUAGAAAGAAAAGGCAUGUGCUACAUAAUGAACGUCUUACUUUAGUUACAAGCAAGGCUGAUGAUUACUUUCACUGCACUGCGUGUGAUAGAUUCUCCAAUGGUUUCAUGUAUCAGUGUGGGGAUAAGAAGUUAGAUGUACUGUGUGGCUCUAUUUCUGAACCGUUUGUCCAUCCAAGCCAUCCCCAUCACCCUUUAUAUUACAUUCCACCAGUGGGAGAAAAAAAAUGCAAUGGUUGCAACAAUUGGUCAUGGUCAUCUCCUGUGCUUACGUGCAUUGAAAGUGGUUGUGGAUUUGUCUUAUGCUUCCAUUGCGCCACUUUACCACAAAAGGUAAAGCAUAGAGUAGACGAUCAUCCUCUCUCACUAUGCUACGGCGAAAAGGCAAGUGGCAAAUACUGGUGUGACAUUUGUGAGACAGAAACGAAUCCAAAGACAUGGUUCUAUACGUGUAAAGAUCACCAAAGUAGUUUACAUACACAGUGCGUGUUGGGAGACUUUGCAAGGCUCAUGCCAAGCUCACUAACCUAUUCCCAUAGAUCAUACGAGGUGGUUCGCAAUAAUAGUAUGUCUUGUCCAUUUUGCAGAGCGUGUGAGUCGCAUUGCAUGUACCCUAUCUUCUUGAAGAAGCUUGGAACCUCAGAUCUAUAUGUUUGCUCUUUAAACUGCAUGGAUCGUUUCUGGUAUCCUAAGAUCAUUGGUCUCAACAGACUUUGA